AUGGAUUCCCACGAGCAUCCAAUUGACAAAGCUCAGCGGUUACAAGACGAGCGCAUCAAAGCCGACCGGAAUUUCUUUGUCAUGUGGGAUCAGUGGGUGCCACCGAAGUUGUGGCCAACUCCAUCCCCUCAAAAAGACGUGAUUCCUAAAAAUCUGUCCUCAGUCAUGCAAACACGACCAGAUCGUGCAGACGCACUUUCCAAGAAAUAUUUUGGCCAUGAAAUCUUUGACAUGUGCUGGAGCAAUGAAGCCGACAACCCACCGACCGUGGAGACGCCGACUGCAACAUCAUCGGCCAGUGAACACUUUGGAGGUCAAACAUUUGACAUGUGCUGGGACACCGAGGUUGAUCCAGUGCUGAUCGUGAGCGAGGAUGCAGUGAGACCUGCUGCCGCAGGUCAGUACAAUCUUUGUUGGGACGAUGAACCGGACCCAUCAAAGGUCGACUUGCCGCCGAUAGUGGAGCUGGCGACUAUCGAGACUCCGACCAUGGAUGUCGCCAUACCAUCGGUGGCCGGUCAAUAUGAUAUGUGUUGGGAGGGCCGGCCAUCUGCAUCAGCAGUGGGUUAUGAAGCCAAUUUUGACAUGUGCUGGGGAGAUUCGCCAUCGGGCAGAGGUGAUGACCUUUGCACCGGUGGGACCACCGCACCGGCGAUCAACUCGGUCAACUCAGCUGCUAACACACAGCAGUCGCCUGAGAGUCACUCCACUGGCACUCAGGCUCUCUACGACAUGGACUUUGGCCGUGGCUUGCCAGAUACAUCUGUAGUACCGAGAGACGGCUUGCCGAGUGAGAUGUUUGAAACCACCGAGGAUUUGCUGUGCCGAGUGACUCUGAGGCUGGAAAGCAUUGACGCUUUAACGAGAGAUGACCUAGGACACACCUCAGCCAUCAAUGGUGUCGCGUCUCCCCGAGAUAUCACGCAUGCCAACCAGGAUUUGAUAUCGGCAUAUCGGGAUGCACGCGACCGAUUGAUUGAAGCCAGCGAAGAUGUUGUCAGGAUGCAGCAUCUGAUGAACAUGCAGCGCCAGAUUGAUGAUCUGCUGCAUGUGUUGCUGCUGGCAAUGAGGAAAAUGGGCAGGGGACAUUCCUGUCAUAUACCGGAUCCGAGUACCCCCAGUACCACCUAUAAGCAUCCCUACUGCUGGUCCGACCCCCUGUUUCCCCAUCCGCUCCAUUCCUCCUCCCCAACAAUGCAUGAAGUGCAUCUCAGCAGGAUUAGCCCUGCUACCUCCGCCCGACCCCGUUCCGCUUUUCUGACACUACCCCUAUGUCCCCCAACCCCAUACCCCUUCCAUCCGACCCUAUCUGGGGUUCCGCUCCUCUGCCCUAUCGGUCCGCCCGAUCCUACUCCUACUCCCUCCGCUUUUCCGACCCACGGGGGUCCUUCAGUUCCGCUCGUACUCCCCCCACCCGACUGUUAG